CUUAUCAAAUGCGAGAAUUAACACCGGACACGUAGGUGUUUUGGAUCCACGCUAGUAAUGCGGCACGGUUCGAACAGGGUUACCAGCAGAUUGCCGCGGUCGCAGAGAUUCCGGGACGGGACGAUCCGAAGAUAAACAUCCUCCAGCUGGUGUAUCAGUGGUUGUGUGAUGCACGUAAUAGGCGCUGGCUGAUGGUGUUAGAUAAUGCGGAUGACGAUAGGAUCUUUUUUAGUGAUAAUAGAUCCGAUUAACGAGGGUCACUGGUGAGCUUCCUGCCCUAGGCCGUUUAUGGAUCAAUGCUGAUCACAUCGCGCAAUAGACGUGCGGCGCGGAAUCUGGUGGGGCGAGACGGUCAUGUGAUUGAAGUUCGGCCAAUGAACGAGGAAGAGUCCCUCGCCCUUUUACAGGCGAGGAUUCCGGCAUCCCAAUCUGGAGAGACUGGAGAGCCCGGAGGGGACGAGAAGGCCCUGGUCGAGGCACUGGAAUAUAUUCCACUGGUAAUCACUCAAGCGGGGUCCUAUAUUGCCAACCGGUUGCCCCUGGUCACCGUCGCCGUAUACCUUCGGCUUUUCCAUAAGAGUGAGUCGAAGCGGGCGCGGCUUCUUCAGAAUGAAGAUUCCGCGGAUCUCCGGCGCGAUCCCAGCAUUCGGUAUGCGGUGAUCACUACGUGGCAGCUAUCGUUUGAUCAGAUCCGUCAGGAGUGGCCCGCGGCGGCAGAUCUCCUGGCGUUAAUGAGUAUGUUCGAUCGGCAAGGAAUCCCCGAAGAUCUGGUGCGCGACCCUGAUCAAGAUGAACUGGACUUUCAUGAUGCAUUGGCGCCGCUGCUCAGCUAUUCUCUGAUCCGACUAGAGAAGAACGAACGGUUGGUCAACAUGCACCGGCUGGUACAAUUAUCGGUCCGGGCGUGGCUGGACAUGCACCAGCAGCUUCACGGCUGGCAGGUCAAAUCACGAGCGAUUAUGGCACGGGUAUUUCCAGAUGGGAACUACGGAACCUGGACACAAUGUCGAACGCUCCUUGCGCAUGCCAAAAGCGUGCUGAAGUCUGUGUGUGACGGUGAUGAUGAAGACCGAUUAAAUGCUGUGACGCUCUCGUCCAAUUUCGGGUGGUUUCUAAAUCUUCAAGGAGCUUAUGCAGAGACAGAAUCAAUGCAUCGAUGGGCGUUGGCAACACAGGAGAAGGUGCUCGGGCGCGAGCAUCCUGACACGCUCACCAGUGUCAGUAAUCUUGGCUUAGCGCUCUCCAAGCAAGGGAAAUAUGAAGAGGCGGAAGCGAUGCAUCGACGGGCAUUAGAGGGAUAUGAGAAGGUGCUCGGGCGCGAGCAUCCCGACACGCUCACCAGUGUCAAUAACCUGGGCUUAGUGUUUGACAGGCAAGGGAAAUAUGAAGAGGCGGAAGCGAUGCAUCGACGGGCGCUGGAAGCACGAGAGAAGGUGCUUGGACCCGAGACCCGAUAUACCCACACGGUCACUAGUGUUAAUAACCAUGGCUCAGUGCUCGCCAGCCAAGGGAAAUCUCACAAGCGGAAGCGGUGUAUUCACGGGCGCUAGAAGCACGACAUAAGAUGUUUGUACGUGAGCAAUUUGAUACUGCGAUCAGUCUCGAUGUUCUUCAGACGUUUUCGAUCAACACAGGAACAUGAAGAGGCUUCUUAAUUCUGCGUCUCAUAGGUCGAUGCGGUCCUGAGCUUAAAUUACUUCCACCAGACUCAUGUUCCAUUG